AUGAAGUCCUCGAGCAGCUGCUCGGGGUUGUCUUUUAAGUCACAAGCCCUGUACUUGAUGGUGUUCGUGACUCGUUAUCUUGAUUUGUUUUGGGCAUUUGCCGACUCGCUAUACAACACGACCUUUAAAAUAUUAUUUAUCGGCUCAUCGGGUUACAUUAUUUACCUUAUGCUCAAUGAUUAUCGACCUACGCAUGAUCCGAACCUGGACACGUUCAAGGUGCAAUACUUGCUUGCUUCGAGCGCAAUCUUCGCUCUUUGCUUUACACAUGACUAUAGUAUCUCCGAGAUUCUCUGGACGUUCUCGAUUUGGCUAGAGUCUGUGGCAAUUCUCCCUCAGCUUUUUAUGCUUCAGCGUACUGGAGAGGCGGAUACUAUAACCACCCAUUAUUUAUUCGCAUUAGGGCUAUAUAGGGCCCUUUAUAUCCCAAAUUGGAUAUACCGGUAUUUUUCAGAAGGUCAUCUCGACCCCGUUUCUGUCGUAGCGGGCGUCAUUCAGACCCUGCUAUAUUCCGACUUUUUCUACAUUUACUACACGAAGAUAAUGAAAGGCAAGAAAUUUUCCCUUCCUGUCUAA